UCGUCCGCGGAGACGCAUUAAGCGUCCGUGACUCCGUGUGUCUUCCUCGUGCGUUCCUCAUAGUUGGCCGGCGACGCGACGCCAGCUCCGUCACUGAUAACCGCCAUCGAUGCCCGUCACCGACGGACCGAGAUGCUGACCUAACCGCGCCGCGCGACCUUGAAGACCCGGAAACGAGCGAGACGCAAACCUAGUGGCCGUGGAAAGUGAACAUCGAAUACCCUUGGACUCGGCUGAGUGGAUGGUCCCGAUAUGACAGUGCAGUGACCCGCUUUUUAUUUGUUGUUGGUUGUUCGUUACGCGUUCUAACAACGGACGCGUCUCCCUCCGAAUCGUCUGGUACCAGGAACCGAGACCCAGAGUCUCAAUCACGGCACCAAAAUUGAGCUGGACUUGCACCAACGAGCCGCCGGCCACUUCAUGAGAGCCGGCGGCAACAUGUGCGACGGCUCCUUCACGGAGACCCUGCGCGGUAUGCAGAGCAUGCCGGGUACGUCGCCACCCGGUGGCGCGGGUGUCGGCCCCAUGGGGGUUGGCCUCGGCAGCCCUCUCGGCCCGACCGCGAAGAAGGCGCAGGUGGAGCACAUUAAGAGGCCGAUGAACGCGUUUAUGGUCUGGUCCCGGCUUCAGCGACGGAAGAUCGCGCAGGAGAACCCGAAGAUGCACAACAGCGAGAUCUCCAAAAGGCUAGGAGCUGAAUGGAAGCUCCUAACGGAGGAUGAGAAACGGCCGUUCAUCGAUCAAGCAAAGAGGUUACGUGCACAGCACAUGAAGGAACAUCCCGAUUACAAAUACAGGCCAAGAAGAAAGCCGAAAACUUUGCGGAAGGAAGGCUACCCUUAUAGCAUCCCGUACCCCAGUCUGCCUGUGGACGCGAUUCGAGCUGGAAUGGCAGGCGGUAUGGGACAAGCUGGAAUGGGCUCGUACUAUGGGCCCGCGGCUGCUUACGGUUCACUAUCGGCGGCUAGCAUGGCCGCGGCGGCGGCUGCGGCUGCCCAACAGUCUGCGGCGGCGAUGUCCGCAGGCCUCGCGGCACCUGCUCAGGUGGUGAGCUCAAUGGACGCCAUGAAGUACUCGAUGGAGGCGGAUAAAUAUCGCGCCACGUACAUGCCACCCAGUACCUUGGCGAUGAGUAUGUACUCCGACCCGAAGUACCUGGACUCCAGUCCGAAAUCUUACCUAGACCGGAGCUACCUGGACUCGGCGAAGGCGUAUUUUGAGCAGUCUAAGCUCUACAUGGAUCAGAAGCCCUCGAUAACCGACUACAAUCGACCCAGUUACGAGCACAACAAGCUCUAUGAGGAGUCUAGCCCCGGUAGCGUGGUGGGCGGGGGAGGAUCGACGAGGUCACCGGCUGCAGAAUCGCCGGACAUGAGCAAACAACACGAGAGGACCGAGCAGGGCUCGUCAAGCGCCAGCUCCACGUCGACAUCAUCAGCUGCGAGUCCUGGAGCCAGUCUCCCGGCCUAUUACCCAGGUCCAGUACAGAGUAGCGGCCUGCUGGGAGCACAGAUGAGCCAAUACGGAGGCUACCAAACCGCCCCCACACCUGGGAACGAGUCCUUCCGACGACCUCUUACGGUCAUCUUCUGACCCGAUAGAACGUAGCUCUGAUCCUUCUUCGAGGAGCAGUUUCCGUAGAGUCUGGUUCGACCCUCUGGUCCGAAGGUGUCCGAGGAGCUGUGAAAUGUGAUUGUUUAUUGACAUUUAGGUUUGUGACGUUUGAAUUGUGUCGGUUCGGUGAUGUCUGCAGGGUGGAUGCUGAGAAAUAAGGGUAGUGAAGAGUUGGGCUACAGCUGGGCUUCCUUGACAUAUCAAACUGGACUGUUCAGAACAAUUUGCAAUAGUGAUAGUUGAAGAUCAAACUUUGAACUUGAAAUGCAAAGUACUUUGGGUCUUCAAGACCACUUGUUAUCGUCAAUUUCAGAAGAGCUUCUUCUUCAAUCAGAUAUGUUACAAACAUAUGAUAGAUUGAAAUAAUACUUGCUGGAAAGAUGAACAGAGAUUCCUUGAAUCAUCGGUUCACCAAUGUUCAAGAGGUAGCUAAGUCUGAGCCCUCCAGAAAGGAAGCAUCAAACAUCAUCAUCAGGAGUGAAGCUUCUAGAUCCCCUGUACGGCCAUGAUCUUAGGAACUCAGCAUCGGGAACCGGACAAAAUGGCGGACACCAGAGGUGACUCUCGGACCAGCGAAGAGGACCACGUUUACUUCCUCCGCGAAGUGAAUCCAGGGCCACCAACGGUACACAGCGUUGACAGCAACAACGAAAUCGAAUCGCUCCGUUCUAAUCACUCGUAGACGCGGAGAGAGACGCAACGAUUAUUUGUCAGAGAUAGUUCCCGUCGAUGCGGACGGAAUGGUACAGAGAAAUUGUACAUAGUCCCCGUGUAAAUAGUGUAGCAAGGAUUAUUAUCGCGCAGGACGCUCGAAAAAGCGAUUUUCCUUCAGCCCCAUUCCCCGACUCGCCCUGGAAACGUUCCAGCUGCCGAGCACGCGUAUCCAGGAUACCUUUCCUCAGAUCCAGGACCUCUUCCGCCUUCGAUCAUCGAAACUGUUUGAGUAAGUCAUUGAUUUUCUAUCGGUAGCUGUAUUAACACUUUGCCUAUCGGAGCCUAUUAACGCUUUAACAACGAGAGCCUCCAUAUUGAUAACGUCACGCUUAUGUAUCCGAAGUUUAAUACGAUUGACUCAAUUAUUAAUUGAUAACGUUAUUACGUUAUUUCAGUGCUAAAGAACGAUUGAUUAAUUCUUUUCUGGUACUUAAAAUUUCAAUACAUAAUCUGGCUUCUUAUGGAUGUCUUUCAGUUAUACAAAUUUUCGUUGACAAAGGGUUAAUAGGAUCCUUAAUGUCUGUUCUAUAUCAAAAAGUAUCUUGAUCGGAAGACAUUGUUAUGUUACUCUAAUAUAAUUAUACAAAUUUUUUAUUUCGAACCGUUAAUUGUUAAUAUGGUAGGUGAAGUGUUAAGCCGCGUCCCCAAUAUCUUAGCCUUGCCGCUUGAAAAGCACAUAACGAAGCACACAAACCACAUUCCGUACGUUCCCAGAACACAAAACCGUAUGAAAAAGUCCAAGACGGUGUAGACUCUGCUUUAGGGUACGCACACUCUGAUAAUCAAAGCCUUCACUGUGGUCCAAUAAUUUCCACUGCAAAACCUAUCUUCGUCGCUGUUAAAAAAUGAAAAAGGAAAGAUAUAAAAAUGAACCUAACAUCUUUAAAAAAUCGAAAAGAAAUCAUUCCUUACUAACAUCCACAUCACCGUGCGACGAAGAUACCCCAGACAAUGGAAAUCAUUGAACCACGCUGUACAAUUUCCCUAUAACAAACUUAACAAAGCGGGACGAGAAAAACGGUGACAGUCAAGUGACAAGAGCCCGGUACAGCAGAUUAACCAUCAGGUUCGACGACGGAGGGUACCGGAACCGGAGAAAGGAGAACGCGUUUUUCGUGCGUACGUUCGAUUCGUAAUCAGUGUACAUAGACGGCUCGGAUCGUCGACGAAAUUCUAUCGCGUCCGGUGAGCAUCUCGGUCCUCGACGUCGGUGGCUGGCGGCGGUCGUUCGGCAACUCGUCAGACGCGUCUAGACACCCUUUCCUCUAUCCAUAGAUACGAUGUGCGUGUCACGAGCGCGGCUUGACAUGCGUGUAUCUCAGUGUAUCGGUUCGAGUUAACUCGUUCGCUCUAAACAGCGUAUACAUGCACGUAUACAUGGUCGAAUAAUCGUUCGCUCGCGUAAAACGAGUGUAUACCAUCCUGUCAUCUAACAAUUUGCAACAAAUGGAACGUUGCGUUCUUAAUGGCAUCGUACACAGUGUUUUAUGUAUCACCGUCUUAUGUAUUCGACAUCAUGUAUCAAAUGGACGCGUUUCAUGCAUUCGUCUCUACCGGCUCGCGAGCAACACAUUCUGUACACGGAGACCACGUGUUCCUGCGAGCACGCCGGAGCGAAAGGGUUGACGAAUCUCCCCUCUCUUUGUACUCCAUUUGGCUUAUUUAUUAUCGAGCUUCCUUUGUUUUUGUUUUACAUGUUGAUUACUUGAGUUUCUCCGGACUCGGAAGCUCGAAAUACGGGGGAGCGUUGGAAACGAAACCGGUGACGCCGAUCGCUGUCCCAGUGGUCUUCAAAUGAUCCUUACCGUCGCCGACGCGGUAACGUGGGGAUCGAACGGCAAGGAUCAUUUGAAAACCCGCCGCUAGAAAACGCGUUUGUAAAAUAUCGUUUUCCCCUUCCUGGAUCGAUACUUCUCGCCUUCGGCCCGAGUUUUUUUUCUGUUUUUUCCACCGGCGAGGGAAUACUUAGUGCUCCCGAACCGGUUGAUUCCUCGUUGUUUCGUCUGUUUUCUUUUUGUUUUCAGUUUUCUAGUUGAUGUUCUAUCGGACGACUUUGCGAGGAAGAGAGUCGACACGAGAGCUUUUAUAGGUGUUUCACGCGAAAGAAUGCGAGAGAGCAAAAGAGUGGGAGAGAUACGGACGGAAGAGUGAGAGAGAGUGUUUUUUCGGACGCUUUGGCGGAACGUUCACGCCCUCCCCCAUUGUGCGACGUGUAACCUUUGUAUUUGUAUCGUUACGAUAAAUCUUACACAAUGUACCAAUUAUUCGAUUAUUACAAUUUAACGCGGCAGAAGUAACCUAUAAAUAUUGUAUUCUAAGUGAGAAAGCAAAAUAAACGUUAAGUAUUAUCCU